GCAGCAUGCUCAUCCCCUCCAUUGGUCGUCCUAGUGCUGAUACUCUCAUUAGUGUGACGAGCCGCUUUUCAGAAGCAGCACUGCAAAGAAACGCGCUUUAUUGACCGGAGGGUGCAAGUUUGGGAGACACCUUCGAAGAGGCUUACUGCAAGCGCAGAGUCAUAAACAUGGGGUCGACUCCGAAUGAGGUUGGUGAGUUUGCAGUAAGCUUCACAUUGUGGUCACACCGGGUGCUCGUCUCGAGGUGAGAGAGUGAUUAUUGGUGGAACAUUUCGAGUCGCCAAGGCAAACCCUCUACCCCACGGUCCACAACAUUGAUACUGCGGCGAUCACCUUGGGAGAGGAACAGUCAGAUCGACAUUGGUAGUAUUUACUGUCUGCGGGGUUCUCGCCGGACGAUCACCACAUGGCAGGGCACGUAGACUGCUAUAAAGUCAUGUUGAUCCCUCUGAAGUAUACAAAGCAAGCUUUUUCAGAAGCCUUUGCAAUCAAGUAUGGACAAACACCACGACGCAACGAAAGAGGAGGAGAUUGAGUAUGUCGACUUCAAGAAACCUCAGGAGGCGAUCUCUGGAGAGCUCGACAACGACCAAGCAGACAUCUACGCAGAAGCUCUUCGACGAUACCCGAACGACGAAUCAAUCGACCAGGCCGACGAGAAGAGACUCAAGCGAAAGUUGGAUCGUCACAUAUUGCCACUCCUAGGCGUAUGCUACUUCUUCUACUACGUCGACAAGACCACUCUGUCCUAUGCAGCAAUCUUCGGAAUCAAGAAGGACCUCGACUUGAGCGGUGACGAAUACUCAUGGCUGUCGAGUAUAUUCUACUUCGGCUGGCUGAUCUGGGCCAUUCCUUCCAACCUCAUCAUGCAAAGAUGUCGACCCGGAAUCUACCUCGCUUUCAAUAUAUUCAUGUGGGGAGCACUUCUUAUGUGUCAGGCUGCUGCAAACAACUUUCCAGCUUUGGCAGCAUUGCGUAUCCUGUCCGGAGCUUUCGAAGCUAUUGCUGAUCCAGCGUUCAUGCUGAUCACCUCCAUGUACUACACGCGAGAAGAGCAGCCGUCUCGUAUAGCAGCUUGGUAUGUCUGGAACGGUGUAGGAGUUGCUGGUGGUGGACUGAUCGGAUACGGUAUUGGCAGCAUCAACGGUGCUCUUGCUUCCUGGCGCUACGAGUUCCUGAUCGUUGGUGCUUUCUGUUCGGCGUGGGCAAUCGUUCUUUGCUCGCUUCUUCCCAACUCGCCCACCACUUUCAAAGGCUUCUCUCAUGACGAGAGGUUGAUCAUGAUUGCACGCAUGCGUCGCAACCAGACCGGUGUUGAGCAAAAGCGUAUCAACUGGGACCAGAUCAAGGAGGCUUACCUUGACUACAAGACAUGGCUAUUCACCUUGCUUGGCUUUGUCUCAAACAUUCCAAAUGGUGGGAUAUCCAACUUCUCUACCCUGGUCAUCCGGGGUUUGGGCUUUAAUACCCUACACACAGCAUUACUCGGUAUUCCGCAGGGAGCUCUCGUCGUGAUCUGGAUUGGUCUUGGAGCAUUAGCAAACAGGUAUCUGCCUAAGAAUAGCCGCACGAUUGUGUGUGCGAUCUUUAUGUUGCCGACCAUUGCGGGUGCUCUUGGCUUCCUGUUGGCGCCUGACACUGCAUACGUUGGACGACUGAUAUGCUUCUACCUUACCGGCUCUUACCAAGCAUCAUUCGUGCUAUCUCUUUCGCUCGUUACGAGCAACACAGGUGGCCAGUCAAAGAAGAUGAUCGUGUCAGGAAUGAUCUGGUUCGGCGCGUGCCUCGGAAACAUUGCCAGUCCUUUUUUCUACAGACAAGAGCAGGCGCCAUCAUACCCUCUCGGCAUCGGCUCAUUGUUGACAGCCAACUGUAUUGAGGUAUUGCUGUUCGGAGUGCUGAGAUAUGCCUUCAUAUGGGAGAACAAGCGCAAGGAGAAGACCAGACUUCGCAUGCGUGAGAGUGGUGAAGCUGCUGCGUUGAACGAUACGGCAUUCAGCAACUUGACGGACAAGCAGAACCCCAACUUCGAGUAUGUUUACUAGAAUGGCUGUCCGACCAACAUGUUGUAAAUAGUUCGGCCCAAUCACAAACAUUGAUCUUGUGCUAUCG